UUCUCAACGAUAAACAGAAAAAAAUAGAUUCAUAAGCGAGCGUAACGGAACUGCUGUAUCACUCGUGAUAGAAACGAUGUAUGCGUUAUUGAAAUGAUGUUGAAAUGGCAUUAAUACAAAUGUGACGGAGCAAUACAUAUUAGAAAAUCCGAGUAUCGGUGCGCGUCUCUCUCGAAAGUCAGAUGAUUUUAGUCAAUGAGUGUAUCGUUUCACAGUGUUGUCCGAUAGUCAGGCGCGACUGUACCCGCGCGUCAGCAUGUGUGUGUGUAAAUGUUUGUAGUGUGUCCGAAGGAAAACAUUACGCAGCUAGAACCCCCGUGUUACAUCCGAAUUGUCGUAUUAUGUUAAGGAUCAUUGUACCAAGUUGGACACGUGCUAGAAAGAUGUAAUUCACAUAGAUAAAUUGUUUUUUUUAUGCACCGUGCCCGAAUAACAGGCCUAACAUAAGACGUAUGACGGGAGACAGACCUUCGAAAAUCCUGUCUUUCUUAGAUUUGGACUGUCAAACGUAAAGACACAAUGUCCUGGUUGGGAUGUUUACCCUGGUCACAGGGGAUCAAAAAACGGGCCUGCAGAUAUCUCCUACAACGAUAUCUUGGUCAAUUUUUCGAGGAGAAGUUGACAUUGGAUCAGCUUACUGUAGAUCUUUAUAAUGGAACUGGUCGUGUAACCAAUGUCAGCCUUGAUGUGCAGGCGCUCAACGAAAUGGGAGAACAACAAAAUCUCCCAUUGGAAUUCGUUGAUGGUUUUAUAGCGGAGAUGUCCAUUAGUAUACCUUGGUCUGCUUUGUUGAGCGAAGCCACGUACGUGGAAGUAACCCGUCUCAGAUUGACCGUUCAACCUAGACAGAGAACACAAAGCGGGACGUCAAUGUUCGAGUCUAUGUGGAGUUCCAUGACAUCUAGUAUGCAGCUUGCACAAGAAUGUUUACAAGAAGAUGCUAGUAAUGCUGGGAAUAAUCAGCCGUUGGAAGGAAUAGAACUGUUUGCACAAACAAUAGACUCAAUUUUAUGCAGGGUAAAAGUGAGAUUCAUAGAUACCAUAAUACGUUUGGAACAUGUGCCGCUAGACUCUUCCACUGGAGUUGCAAUAGAGAUGUGUAUAAAAAACCUGGAAUAUUCAGACGAAGCAGGCUUGGACCCGAGUAGUACAUCAUUAGAUCCGAACCAGGCAACAAAGAGUUACAUUGUGUCAGCAUUCACUACAAAACGCUUCUAUCUAGAGGGUGUGACGUUUUAUACAGAUGAAUUUCCAUCUCGAGCAAGAACUUUCUCUAGGAGUUUAAUAACAACGAGUAGGGGUUCCACGCCAGAUUCUAAAAAUUCAGACGGUCAAUUUUCUUCAGCACAAAUAUCUUCUGUUCAAAAUAUCCAAACUCCUCCAGAGGGAAAUAUUCUUAAUAAUUUAAAUGGAUUGAAUCCUAUAAUGUUUGCUAAGUUGGCAGGCAGACAAGAAAUAAGAUUGAUGUUGAAACAAGGAGAAGGUGUUUCAGGGCCAAAGGUAGAAUUAGAAGUAACUUUGGGCUCUUUUACUUCGUUCUUGAGCCCUCGGCAAGUGCAUGUUUUAAUGGAACUGGAACAUGGACUAGCAUCUCCAGAUUUGGAAGACAUUAGUAACGUUGUACCAAGAACAUGCACUGAGAAACCAAUGGCCGGUAGCGACUUUAAUCGCGUAGAACGAGAACUUAUUCAUCAAAUACGUCCAAUACAAGGAAUGCGUACAACGGAUUUAAGGCACACACAAGGUUGGUCUACAGCAUCUUUGGAUGAGUCAGAUAAUGAAGAUGAGUUUUUACCAAUGCAAUUACCGGGAUCUUCUUCGAUGAGCGAUUCUAUUAUAAGCAAUAAUACUAGCAUGGAUGAAAGUAUAUCCGCCAGUAGUAUUAACUUGAAAUCUUCGAUUACAAAUAUAACGAAACAGCGCAAACACAGACAUAGCGUGGACAAUGGUUCCUCUGCCGAUACGUUUCAUUUUCGCGUGAGAGUGUCUUCUAUAGCUGUGAUCUUGUUACACGAAGAUAUAUUGACGACAUGUGUGGAUGGUGGUGGUUUAACAUGCUCCAGUAUACAGCAAAUGAAAAAUUCAGCAGAUGAAUUUUUUAAGCAAUUGGGAUUGUUUGCAGUUGGCGGAUAUGGAAAUAAAGAUUUUGACAAGGCGUCUAAAUUGCUUUUAGAUGCUUGCCACUUGAGUCACAUUAGGUUGCUUGCUGCACCUUUAGUGAUGGAAGGGAGGGAAAAGACUAUUACAUUGUCUUCAGUAAUAUCUGGAACGUUGACUUUAGCCAGCUUAGAAAUUGUAGAAUGUUUAAUCGAUUCGAACAGUUCCAAUGUGAAUGGAACACCGCCAGUGGAAUUUGUAGAACUGCUUGCUUUCGUAAAGAAGAAUUCGACGAAACACGGUAUUAGUAAUAAAACAAAUUUUAAAAUGAAAUUUAAGUAUGUGGAAGACGCUCAUAGUGCUCGGCAUGCCCAAUUAAUGAAAUCCACGCAUCCUUGUACAGAAAUCGACAUUGAAUUGGGGCCAUGCAACAGCGAAGUGGAUAUAACUAUUGUAGAUAGGAUAUGUGCUUUACUUAAUCCACAGCCAAUAUGCGUUUGUAAUGCAGCCUCGAAAAACAAGAAUACCACUCAACAAACGUUAUUUUACCAAGCUGUAGAACAUUCAACUUUAUCAAACUUUGCAGCUGCUAUAAAUGUGUCUGCAACACAGUGUGCAAUAAAACUAAGGUUUCCAAUACCAGAUUUAAGACCACUGCACGACAUGAAUCGGGCGCCAUGGUGGAAACGAUCAGUAAGAAUGGAUUACAUGGUUUUGAAACUGAAAGAUGCGCAAAUAAUUUGCACCAUGAAGAAUCAUCCUCAGUCUGUGGUGAAGUACGAGGUUCAAUUCCAAAAGAUGCUUCUUUCGUACGCGGAAACGGAGAUGGACAAUCCAAUAAAUAUAGGCAAAGUUACAACUGACGACAAAGACAAUGGAUCCUGUGAUCAAGUCAACGAAGGCUUCGACUGGGCCAGAGUGGUUGUUACGAUAUAUCCGCAACGCUUGAGCAGCCAACUAGAGGACAGUUCCGAUGGUGAAACGGAUUCCAGCCUGGACGAAACUUUAAAGAAGACUCCUAAGCACCAACCAUCGCCAUUCAGUUCCAAACGGGUGAUUCAUGAAUCCGAUACACCCCAUUCUAGACCCCAUGGACAGGGCGACAGAGACGAUACAGAACAAAGAGAAGGGGAGGAGUUAAUCAUACCAGGUAGUCGUGAAGAAAUGCUAGAAUUUAUGGAUGAAGGCAUUCGAGGUUCUAGGAUUCAAGUGGAGAUCAACUUUCCAUGUGUUUCUGUUCAGAUACCAUCUAAGCAUCUUUAUGAAUUGUUGUUUAAUAGGUUAAAUACUGACCUGUUUUUAUGGGAACCAUCAGCACCGAGGCCGAAGUAUGGUACACAUAUGGAGAGUUAUAUUGGACUUAAUUUGGCAUCCACCCUGUUGCAGGAGUCAGCUUAUCCCAGAUUCAGCACGUGUAAAAGUGGUAUUCAAUACAAUUCCGACACUGAGUCGGACUCGGACGGCAUAUUUCAAUCUGCAGCCGAUAAAAGUUACAGACAACAUCAGAAUAAGUCGUCAAGAAACGGUCAGAGUAACUUAGCACUAAUUUUGAGUAUAGAUCAAGGUCUCCUCUGUAUGUUUACCCCGGUUCGCGAUUCGUUGCGCAAUGUAAUACCCGGGCAACAGGGGGAAUUGAUAAUAAGGGUGGAAGAUGCGACGAUAUUUUCAGUACCUACCUACAAAGGGAAUUCAAAUUUGGGUUACGUGUGUGCCAUGAUAAAAGAAGUGUCUUUGGAUCAUUACGGAUUAAUGACCACUCCAUCGGAACCACCUCCACUGAGACCCAUUAGCAGCGUCACACCGCGACAUUGUCAGAAGGUUAUAUAUAAAACUGUGCCAGGCGCGAAUGUAACAGAAACAAGCAAUAAUGAUAAAGAUAUGGUGAUGCUCGCUAUUCGGAUACAAACGGCUCAUCAGACUCAUCGUAUAAAAACAUUCAGAGUGGCAGUAGGCAUAUCGAAUGCAACACUCAGGCAUAGAGUGUGCACUAGUGCUACGUCAUGGUUCUCGCAGCUGAAAGAUUGCUUGGAUGUAGCUGAUCAUCCGGUCGCUGGAUAUUGUCCUCCCGGGAUAUUAACGGAGCUGCAUUUGCAUCUUUGGAAUUGUGCAAUCGAUUAUAGGCCAUUAUAUUUGCCACUCAGAGCAAUGGUGACCCUCGGCAAUUUCAGCGUCUCUAGUAACAUAGCCGGACAGACGAACACCUCGACGUUACGCUUUAUAGCGGAGGAUAUUGCUUUAUUUAUCUCCAACAAAUUAGGGAAAACGAUCGACAUAAAGCGGGAUUAUGUGUGCGUUAUGGAUGUAGGCCUGUUCGAGCUGUCUUUGAGAUUAAAUGAUAAAAUGUGCGGCGGAGGGCCCAGAAUAGAUCUGAGAGCUAGCAAUAAUGUUCUCCAUAUUCGAACGUGUUCGGAUUCCGGUCGUGCUCUUAUUCAACUGUUGAAAUACUUUGCCAGUGAUGGGGACUUAGCAUCGAAUACAGAAAGCAUGGAGAGUAUCACGAUACCAAGUUCUGGAGACGAGGAGAGUCUUCUUGGGGACGAAAGUAUAAAUAUGUUAACUAAGAGUCAAGAAGAACGUAUAAAUAGUUUAAUGGAGGAAGCGAUGGAGGAGACCGUGAAAGGAAAGGAUAUAAAUGUGGACGAUAACACGAUGGUAGCCGAAAAUCGUGUAGAGGUGUUCUUUUUUCCCGACGAACCCCACGCAACGUCGCAAAUAGUACCUGAAAUGUGUAAAGGCCCCGAGCAAUGUGCCAAGCCGGAAUGUAAUAUGGAGGCUGAUGACUCUAACGAGGAUUUUUGUAUAUUAGGAGAAGAGGCUGGCACAGGAAUCAUGCCUAGGCACGGCGUGCCGGAAGUUCGGUGGCUGUGUUUAGAAUCUCUAAGAAUAAUAGACAACCACUUUUCGGUUCCGCUCGGUAAAACGGAUUUACUGAAAGCGCCUAGGCAUUUUCCUGUUCCCAUUUUAAGGUAUACCCUCUGUGAAAUGACGCUGGUUUGGCACAUGUACGGAGGAAAGGAUUUCGAUACCUCGCCACCGAUCAAAAAACAAGUUACUAUUAAUGAUAAUAUAAUUCGCCCGAACACAGCGACUCAAGAACGAUCUCCUUGGUGCGACGGUGUCACUUUCAAUAAAUCCAAUCCUAACGAGGUACAUUUCGGUAGCGUGCCAAAUUCGCCGCGAGGAAAGGUUAAAGAAGUUACAGAAUGGCAAGCAGUAGGAGGCCCGGGUCGGCAGCACGAUGUCCUAAUGGAACUCCAGUUGAAUAAAGUGCGCUUUCAACACGAGGUCUAUCCGGACAAUACUGUUGAAGCGGCCAGACAAAUAUUGCUAAUAAGUGAUAUUGAAAUUCGGGACAGGCUAGCAUCUUCGCAGAUCAACAAAUUCUUAUACCAAUAUAGUAGCGAAUCGAAACCCAAACAGUCCCAUGCGAACAUGUUUGCUAUGAAAGCGGUCCACGUCAGGCCGGACCCAAGAUUAAGUGCUCAAGAAUGUUGUUUAAAGCUCAGCCUACUGCCAUUGCGUCUAAACAUAGACCAAGACAGCCUAUUGUUCUUGAUAGAGUUCUUCAACGAAUUGAGCGGUGAAUCAAAGCAGACAACCGAGAAUUCUAAUGCAUCUAGCAAUCCUCAAACUCCUCCGGUGUCCAAGCAAGGGUCGCUAACCCACCACCCACCGGUCAUGAGCGUGAACGACACUGCGCCUAAUGCUCCAUCACCAACGAAUACGUCGGAAAAUGAUACUCUAAAUCCGAAUCUGUUGAUAUUGCUGGAAGACGAGCUGAUGAUCAAAGAGAAGAAGACGAAAGCGAAAGCAACGCAAGAAGUUCACGAAGAUUGUCAACCGAUAUAUUUUAGGAGUGUAAUAUUUUCCCCCGAAGUCCUUGUUAGAUUAGAUUAUCAUGGGAAGCGUGUAGAUCUCACUCACGGAUCAUUAGCGGGCCUCCUAAUGGGACUGGCACAGUUGAACUGUUCUGAAUUAAGACUGAAAAGAUUGACACAUCGACAUGGACUUCUGGGAUUCGAUAAACUCAUCACAUUUUUACUCUCCGAGUGGUUGCAGGAUAUUAAAAAGAAUCAACUCCCAAGUUUGCUUGGCGGUGUAGGUCCUAUACACUCGCUGGUACAAUUAUUUCAAGGGAUAAGAGAUCUCUUUUGGUUGCCCAUUGAACAGUACCAGAAAGAUGGAAGAAUCAUUAGGGGCCUGCAACGGGGUGCAAACAGUUUCACCACGUCCACGACAAUGGCAGCAUUAGAAUUAACUUCUAGAUUAAUACACGCUAUACAAAGCACCGCUGAAACAGCUUACGACAUGGUCAGUCCUGGGCCCAGUGUUAGACGAAAACCGAAAGGGCAGAAAGGACGUCGGAAGAGAUAUAGUCAACCGUUGGACAUUCGAGAAGGAAUGAAUAACGCCUAUAUGCUAGUGAAAGAGGGUUUGGGAGAAACAGCAAAUCAGUUAGUCCGUGUAGCCAGCGAAGAACACGAACAGAAGGGUGUUUCUGGCGCCGUUGGCGGUGUUCUACGGCAAAUACCAUCGACGGUCGUGAAGCCGAUUAUUUUGGCCACCGAAGCCACUAGUAACGUUUUAGGUGGUAUGCAGUCGCAACUGGUACCUGACGCGAGAUGGGAAGCGGCUCAGAAAUGGCGGCAAGAUUCGAACGAGGAGAAUUGAUGUUUGCCGGUCUGCGCCAAGUGCCCGGGCAGUUGUUUUUCAUGACCUCUGUAAUAUAUUGAAUCCAUGACGUGAAAUCACAAGGAAACGCGAGUGUGAAUCCGCGAAACAAGAAACAUACAAUACGGGAAAGUCAAUUGACAUGAUGACACGCGAAUAAAAUGAACCUUAGACCUAAACGCAUAAAUUUUAUUAAGAGAUUUUUGCAAGAUUAUGCAAAUAAGCAAUGCAAGAUUCGUGUAACUAUCUUUCAGUUCCAUUAAUAUUUUUGUUUUAUAUUAUACAUAUAAUAUAUUACGAAGAGAUCAACUCGAUUUGUUAUAUAUAGUUUAUGAAUAAAACUAUAUAUUAUCGUGAAAUGUUAUUCUCGCAGCUUGUAUGUAUAUUUGUUCCGACGAUGCGUAUGUUUUAUACCAGUGAUAUGUAUCUGAAGACUUUUAUUAAUAAAAUUAUAACGCUUAU